GUCGACCGACACACACGUUUCAACAAAAAACGCGCGUACAGAAUUCGCGACAAUUUUUUUCCUAUCGUCUGUGUUUCAUUAGAAUCAGGACCACGUUUUUUCAACCCAAGAUUUGAAAAAAAUUAACACAAGAUUUUGGUAACACAUUCACAUAUGGACGGGGUUUUCGAACUAAAAACAGACUACAAUAGUGCACUGUCUCUGUAUUUGGAAGUUUUUUGCGUGAAAAACAAUACAAUAGUGUUUUAAACUAUAGUUUUCGUGUGUGAAUCGAGGGUAAAAUGGCGAAAGAUGUGAACUGCGACGUGAUCCUGGAGGAACUCGGCCAGUUCGGGAGAUACCAGGUCCUGAAUUACUGUCUGAUCAUGGUCCCCAUAAUGUUCAGUGCGGUGUACAACGCGCAAUACGUCUUUAAUGCUGGCGUGGUCCUACACAGAUGCGCAGUGCCAGAAUGCGAGUCUCCACCGUACCAGUACGAAACCGGCGAGUGGGGUCUCUGGGCGCUUGGGUCCCAGUGCGCGCGGCCGGCGCCCAGCGACGAUGGCGCGUGCGCUCAGGGCGCCUUUAGCGCCAAUCAUACCGUAACGUGCGAUGAGCAUGUAUAUGGUAGCCAUGAUACCAUUGUAGCUGAGUUCGACUUGGCGUGCCAAGAGUGGAAACGGACGCUGGUGGGCACCAUACACAGCGCGGGACUGUUCGCCGCGUUACCGCUUACUGGCUACGUCUCCGACACUUUCGGCCGUCGCACGGCGUUCGUCAUGACUGCGGUGCUGGCUGCACUGAUGGGCCUAAUACGAUCCUUCUCCGUCAACUACGUCAUGUACCUCGUGUUCGAGUUCUUGGAUGCCACGUUGGGAUCUGGCGUAUACAGUACUGGCUUUAUUCUAGCGCUAGAAAUGGUGGGCCUGAAACGGCGAGUGCUCGGCGGUAACAUAAUCUCUAGUUCCUUCGCAAUCGGCCAAGUGAUUCUCGCCCUAGUGGCCUGGCACGUCCCCUACUGGAGGCAUUUAACCCGCGUCCUCUACGUACCAUCUUUCCUUUUCAUCUUCUACUACUUCCUCAUCGAGGAAAGCGUGAGAUGGCUGCUAAGUAAAGGCAGGAAACAAGAAGCUGCUAAAAUUAUCUAUAAAGCUGCUGCUAUCAAUAAGAAGGAACUGUCUCCAGAAUCCCAAAAGCAGUUAGAAUCUCCUAAUGAGCCUACGGAAGUUGCAGUUACUGAGCAAACGUCUAUUAGCAGACCUCCGAAGAAAUCGCUGUUCAAACAAGUUUUGAAAUCAAAGAUUCUCAUCUCACGUCUCUUCAUUUGUUCCUUCUGGUGGAUUACCGUGACUUUCAUCUACUAUGGACUAUCAAUCAACUCGGUUUCUCUGGCCGGGAACCAAUACGUGAACUUCAUGUUGACGUCUCUCGUGGAGAUCCCCGGGUAUGCGCUGAGCGUGCUGACGCUGGACCGCUUCGGACGCAAGAGUUCCAUCAUGACAGCGUUCUUUGUAUGUGGAUCCGCUCUCAUCGCUUUGCCUUUUGUUCCUGAGGAUCUAACCUGGAUCCACACGUGCCUCACAAUGCUGGGCAAGCUGUGCAUCAGUAUGGCCUUCAGCUCCAUAUAUAUCUACACGUCGGAGCUGUUCCCUACCGAGGCGCGACACUCUAUGCUCGGAACCUGUUCUAUGAUUGGAAGGAUUGGCAGCAUUGUGGCACCUCAAACACCAUUACUGAUGCAAAUCAUGGUGUCGCUCCCCUACCUGAUCUUCGGCGUGAUGGCGGGCAUCUCUGGCAGUCUCAUGCUGCUCACGCCGGAAACUUUGCGGUUACGACUACCCGACACCAUCGAGCAGGCGGAAGCUAUGGUGGUCGCGCCGCGGACGAGCAAGCGUACAGAUAUCAUCGUGGAUUAACCUGACUAUGAUGGUCCACACGAGGUAUCAACUCCCAGUCUGAUACAUCGAUACGUAGAGAGCGGUCACUCGCACGACAGUGACGUACAGCGAGCUGCAAAAUUUUAUGGACAUAUUUAUAGACUAUGAAUGAAUACAUUUAUUCUGCCGCUUCUUUCCGCCAUUGUUUAUGCGACAUUAAUUUUUAUCUUCACCACUUAGAUGGUUGGCAGUCAUCUACUGUGCGUUUCUCCAGAAACUUCCUGCUUCGCACAUCUAAACUGUGGAAUGUGUUGCACGUGGUAUUUCCGGGCCGAUACGACCGAAACCUUCAAGGCAUCUUAAAGGUCGGCACCGCACUUGAAAUCGCUCUGGUGUUGCAGGUGUCCACGAGCAACGGUAAUUACUUACCAUCAGGCGAGUCGUCUCCUCGUUUACCUUUUAUAUAUAUAAAAAGAGACCAUGCAAGUUUUAUUCGCCGCUCUCUACAUGCCGAAACUUUUACUAGAAACACAUUACAAAUGUGUAAAAGAUAUAUUUUAGUGUGAUAUACAUUGUGAGCGAGUAAAAAUGUAAAUUGCUUAUAUUUUCGAAACCCGCAGAGUUCGUGGGCAGCUAUAUAUUGAAUUUAAAACUUCAAGUAUAAAUACAAUGGGAAUCGAAACAUCAAGAACUAAAUUGUACAAGUUUUAACAAUAGAAGUACUUCUCUCCAGGGAAAUAAGUUUUACCGUAAUAUUUUUCACAUAGCUUGGCUUGGUGACAACUGUCGCCGUACCCAAGCUAUAAAGUGAUUGACACUGGUCAGUUAGUAUUAAGAAUUUUAUUAUAUUGUACAUUUUAUUAUUUUACUGUAGAAUUUUACUAAAUUAACAUUGUUUUUGUGCCAUUAUGUUUCGUUUACGUAUUAAUAGUUAAGGUGAGUGUAUAAGGUCUGUGGAACCUAAGAAAAUUCGUGCUUCGAAUUUGAUAGAAGUUACUUUUUACAAAUCAGUUACAGCAAAAAUAUGGCGCCGUACCAUCGCCCACACUGUUAACUGACAGUUCGUAAACCCUUUACCAGGCUGCAGGCUGACAGUUCUAGAAUGACAAUCGAAUGUCAGUCUUACUUAUUGAAAAUAGAACACAAGUUUGAAGUGCCGUAUGUGGGAAAUAUAUCCCCACCAGCCUGGUAAAGGGUUAAGAGUGUUGCUGUUUGUACAGUCAACAACAGAGCUAUGAAUACAGGCAAAGUGCCGAAAAUAUGUAUACACGACCUUAAUGUACACGCAAUAAAGUACUGUAUACAUAUUUUUGACACUUUGCCUGUAUUCAUAGCUCUGUUGUUGACUGUACUGCAACAUCUUUAGCUGUCAAACUCGGCGCACUGUCUUUUUUCUUAGAUCUUGCACAUCUUAUACUAAUCAAUAUUUUAUUUGGUAAUAGACAAUGUAGUGUCUUGUGCUCUCAGUUUUAAUGUAAUGAUUGUAAUGAAUGUCAAUACGGGUAACUGUAGCUAAGGGAUAAGUUUAGUGUGACCGGCCUUUGCGUUGGGGCUUGCUUACACAUUGAUAAGCGUUUAUUGCAAUAGUGACGGAAGUAGUGUCACCCAAUGUAUGGGACGUGCAAAUUUUGGUAUCGGAUGAAUUCACUUGGCACAGAUGAAGUAUACGUAAAGCUAUCCAGCCCGGUUAGGGUAGCCAACCGCCACCCCCUGGUGGGUAGGCAGGGGGGCAUCCAAAGUUACACGCCUCGUAUCGGCUUCUAUUUACCUACGACCUCGUGUUUGGUAUCAUUUCCAGAUAAAUCGGGCAUAAGGAAUUCAUUUUUGAGACAUAUAAUGUACAGUUUAAUAGAAAAACAAAAAUAUUUAUGAACAAAUCAAAAUCGGCUUGCUGUUUUUUUAUUCAACUAUUACUAUUAUCAGCCGAAACUACAAAUGCUAGAAAGUUUAAAUUUGCACACCAGGUUACAUUUAUAAUGUGUACAAGAGAUAAGACGCGAUUUUGAAAAAUGUAACCCCUAAGGGGGUUAAAAAGGGGAUGAAAGUUUGUAUGGGGUUCAUGUUUUAUUUUAAGCUAGGAAUUUCACACUUCGUUAAAAGAUAUGUUAUUGAAAUACAAGAAAACUAAUUAAGCGUUUUUGAAAAUUCGUCCCCUAAUGUGGCGAAAUAGGGGUUGAAAACUUUGUAUGAAAUAAAAAAAAAAUUCGAGUGAUGGGCUCGAAACUUGUUCUAUACGCAUAUUAUUAGAAUAUAAGAGAAGUAAUUUAAGCGUUUUUAAAAAUUCAGCCUCUAACGGGGUUAAAAAGGAGUUGAAAGUUUGAAUAACUUUGACUGCCCCCCCUGCCUACCUGCCAGGGAGUGGCGGAUGUCUACCGGGCUCAAUUAGCUUAGCUUUACGUAUAUUACAUCUGUGCUAAGUGAAUUCAUCCGAUACAAACAUUUGCACCUUAUGACACUACUUCCCGGGCUACAAGUACAUUUGCUACUUACAUUUAAUGGCAAAUGUAUAAACUCGCACUAAACACUAAUCAUUGUGUAAACAGGCCAGAUACUCUUACCCCGCAGACACACUUAACCGUAUUUAGGUACUUUAUUAAGUGAUUGCGCUGGUCGCUUUCACAUGAAUUGUAUCAUCUGAGAAUUGUACAUACAAUUGAAUCAUCUUUCUUGUAUUUUUUGUCUACAAAAUCCUAAAUCCUAAUCAUGUCAUUUUAUUUGACAUCAUUCUAUCAACAGGGUGUGUAGAGUCAGACCAAGAAAAGUCUGCAGAGAUUUUGACAGCACCCGCAGUUGAAGUGUUAUUUAUACGUCAUAAUUUCAUAGAAGUUUGACGAUUAAAAUAACACGUGCACUGCGUAUGAUGUCUAAAUCUCUGCAGACUUCUUGGUCUGACUCUAGCAAAUAGCAAUAGCAUGUACAAUUGUGUCGCCUAACUUACUUCAAACUCGGGUAAAUCCAUUCGACCCUUUCAGCAAAUAUAUUACCUUUUCUUAAUACCAAAAUCGUAUAAUCUGACAGAUGGAUUUACCCGAGUUUGAAGUUAAGCGACUCAAUUUGCGAAUAAUAUUUUUUAUCAAUUUACGAAUUGGCAAUUCAGUUUUAUUUAUUUAAAUUAAUAAAUAUUUUUUUUUUAAUAAAUCUAGUAUAAUUGUUGCGAUUUAUCAACAAACAUUUGUAAUACUAUGAAUAGGUAUUAUGAUAAAAUUAGUUAUAUUGAUGAAAAUUGUGAUUUUACCUUUUACUAUUUCUAGGAAUUUUAUUUAUUAAAUAAGUCCGAUAUAGUA